CUGACGUCUUGGCCCAGUGAUUCAGGAAGUAACCCAAGCCCUGUUUUCCGACUCGUGCCUCUUUUCUAAGAAAGUCAACGCAGUGUAUUUGAAAUAGGGAUUUUAUCCCGUUCGUCUAUAUCCAGAAAAGAGUGUACACCGACACAAUGUGUUUAUGUAUGGUGUAUCUGUUUGCUCUGUUCAUGCUACAUGCAACAUGGAGUCAGAGAGCUCCAACAUGGGAUGCGUGCCGAUGCAGGUGGGUAGCAUGGCAAGGAUGGUCCACCUGUUCAAGACUCUGCUACGGGAGGCAGGUCAGAGAGAGACAGGUGUCGGUGGCUGACAGUUGUGGGACUUUUGAGCACUGUGAUGGUGGCGCCGGCGCCUACGACUACAGGGACUGCAACACUCGCUGUACCUACGGUUCGUACGACUCCUCCUACGGCGGAUGCAGGUGCCCGGCUGGGAGAUAUGGAACAUGCUGUGAUAAUGUUAUAACCUGUGGUACGCCACAAACAACGUCAAACGGUGCCGUCACAGUCAGCAACGGCAACAACUACGGCAGCGUGGCCACGUACACAUGCACCAAAGGGUACAACAUGACAGGGACUGCCACAAUGACAUGUUCCACCUCCAGCAGCUACUCCACGUAUGGAUUCUGGACGGGGUCUACGCCAAGGUGCCUGUUCGCUGAGUCCUGUAACAGCAGCCCCUGCCAGAACGGAGGCGCGUGUGUGAACGGUCUGGAGAUGUACACGUGUGUGUGUUCGCCUGGGUGGUCGGGGGUCAACUGUGAAGCAGAUGUGCAGCCCCCUAUUAUGAGUGGUUGCGAAGACAACGACACUCUCCACACAGCUGACCAUGAGCUGACCCACAAGUGGACAGUGCCAGCCUUCACGGAUCCCUUUGGUAACAACGUCGUCACGACGCCGAACUACGUCACCAACUCCUACCGCUUCCCCUGGGGCGACUUCUUCGUCCAAUACGUGGCCACCAAACCAAACAACGGUUUACAGACGGAGUGCAAGUUUCAACUCAGCAUUAGACCUUACCCAUGUGAUAACUUAUCAGUGCCUGAGUUUGGGUACGUGGCUUGCAACGGUUGGCGACAAGACUUUGGACAGUAUUGUUUGAUUGGCUGCCUGGCUAACCGAACCCUACCACGUGACAUCGAUGGGAGCCAAUGGUAUGCGUGCGGAGCAGGUGGAACUUGGUCUUCAAACCCAGGAACGAUCCAGUGUGAAGAUGAGGCUGACCCCAUCGGUGCAUCUAGUGGCAUCCUCAGCAGUCCGGGUUCUUGUGAUGACGUCAGUGCCAUAAAAGAACAGUAUAUAGCAGCACUGAAGAAAUCGGACUUUAACACCGCAUGUCUCAAACAUACUGACAUGUGUGUACCUACUAACGUCAACAUUCGAUGUUGACGUCAAUGGGACUUUCUAAUGGUAUGAGUUGCCGAAAGACUUGGCUACUUGCCCAUAUGUGGCAAUGAUGUGAUAUUAAAUCCAAUGUUCUUUAACAUGUACUUUAAAGACCUCGAUAAUGAGUGAAGAUUACAUGAUAGAUACUGGGCUUGCUUUGAUAUUUUAUCAUAGCAAAUAUGCCGGUUUAUCAGUUUCAACGAUCGAAGUGUACAUAAGCUCAUGUUAAAACAGAUCGGUCGUGAUGAUACACUAUUAACAGACACUGAUCAUGUUCAUUUCCAAUCAAUUUAAAUCUCUGCUCUACCUUACAACAUAAUACAAAAACUGUUCUCACAAACACAUGCUUAGUAGGUAGUCGAAAGCGGACUCUCUUGUAGCUGAGAUCUCUUUAGGGAAAUGGUUGUGUCGCUUUUAUAUUCAUAUCUAUGAUUAUGAUUAUGAUGAUUAUCAUGUCAGAAGAUCCUUGUGUUGCUAUCAUUGACACGAAUGUAUCUCAUAACGUAAUAAAAAUGUCCAAUACAAA